UCUUUUUCAUGAUCAUCAUCUUCUUCAUCUUUUAUUCAUUUUCUCUCUCCUCCUCCUUUCUCUCUCUUACUCCUUUUAUUUUUUUCUAUUUUUUUAUUUACUCUACCUUUGGAAUCCAUUGAAGGAGAAAGGAAGCUUCACUUAUUCACUCUCUUUCUCUCUCUUUCUCUGUAUUUGUUGAUACACUUUCUCUCUCCUCACUUUAUCAAACCCUAAUUAGUGUAGUUGAUAAAAUCUGCUUAAUCAUUUGCUUUAAUUUUAGAAUUUCGAGAUUGAUUUGGACAUCCAAAUUUGUCGUUUUUUGUCAAAGUUUGUCCAAACGGAACUGAAUUCAAUCUUGCGGUUUCGUUUGAUUCAGACGGGAGUUGAAUAGUGGUACUUAUAGGCGCAGUUAUUUCUUUAAGUUUAUGCUUCAAAUUAAUUUUAAAGUUUAGAUCGACCAUAAAGUUUUUUUUUUUUUGGAAAUUUAUCUCUUUUUAGGGAUGUAUUGAGUUUAAUCGAGGUAUGAUUACGUUUCUGUGAAUUAUAAUAUACUUUUUAUUGCUUUUAUUUCGGAGAUUUGAUCAUUUCGAGAAUCCCUAAAUUUAUUUAAUUAUUUUGUGCGGAUUAUAUUGUGGUGGAGAUGGAGUUAUUAAUUCGAGAUUACAUCUGUGUUGAAGAUUCAUUGUCGAAAUCCGAGGUUUCAGUUUGGAAGUCCCAAGGUGAAGGAGAUGAUCAUCGCUAUUUGUGUUGACUAGUGCAAAUUUUUCAGUGUAACUUGAAUCAUAUUUUGAGUACUGAAAAUGGAGUCUGAAAGUUCACCGCCGAAAACAUUGACCGGGAUUCUUCCUAUUCUCACUCCAGUUCUCCUCAUUUCAAUUUCGUAUAUUGACCCUGGCAAGUGGGUUGCUUCUAUUGAUACUGGUGCUCGUUUUGGGGUUGAUCUAGCUGUUUUCGCAUUGGCCUUUAACUUUGUGGCAGUUUUGUGUCAUUACUUAACUGCUCGUGUUACUGUUAUCACUGGAAAAAAUCUUUCCCAGAUUUGCAGUGAAGAGUAUGACAAGCUCACAUGUAUUUUUCUGGGAAUUCAAAUGGAGCUUUCUGUUAUUGCUUUGGAUCUUACUAUGAUUCUUGGCAUUGCACAUGGACUUAACACAAUUUUUGGCUUGGAUAUGUUCUCUAGUAUCCUUUUGACUGCACUGAAUGUUGUCCUUUAUCCUCUUUUUUCCGCCCUGCUGGAAAGUGCAAAAGCGAAGUUCCUUGUAGUUUGUUUGGCAGGAAUAACUCUUGUUUUCUAUGUGCUUGGGAUGCUAUUCAGUCUACCGGAGUUUCCAGUUCCUUCAAAUAGUGUGCUGUCAAAGUUGAGUGGCGAGAGUGCUUUUGCUUUGAUGAGUCUACUUGGAGCAAAUGUUAUGCCUCACAAUUUUUACCUUCAUUCGUCUAUUAUACAGCGGUAUCAAGGGCCUGCAAUGAUAAAGGGUUUGAGGUCUCAGGAUCAUUUUGUUAUUAGCCUUGUCAUUUCCAGUGGCGUAUUCAUUGUGAAUUAUAUAUUGAUGAAUUCUGCAGCGAAUGUAUAUUACAGCACUGGUCUUGGUUUAUUUACCUUUCAAGAGGCAGUCUCUCUACUGGAUCAGGCAUACAGGAACCUGAUAAUACCCUUUGCCUCAUUUGUGAUUUUGUUUUUGGCCAAUCAAAUUACGGCGUUGAGCUGGGAAUUUUGUGGAGAAGGUGGUGAAUCAAUGUUGCAUGGCUUUUUUGGCAUGGAUCUUCCUGAGUGGCUUCAUCGUGCUACUAUUAGAAUUUUUGCUGUCGUGCCUGCAAUAUUUUGUUUAUGGCAGUCAGGAGCUGAAGGAUUGUAUCAUAUGCUAAUAUGUACACAAGUCAUGGUGGCUCUUAUUCUACCGUCUUCUGUAAUACCUCUUUUCCGAAUUGCUACAUCUAGACCUAUCAUGAGUCUGAACAAGAUUUCACCUAUUCAGGAGUUUGUAGUCCUUCUGACAUUCAUUGGAAUGCUUGGUUUAGAGAUUAUAUUUGUUGUGGAGAUGAUAUUUGGGGAGAGCGACUGGGUUGGUACCUUGCGUUGGAGUUUGGGGAAUACUGCUACAUCUAUGGCUUAUGUUUUUCUCCUUCUUACUGCUUGCACCUCUCUUAGUUUCAUGCUUUGGCUGGCAGCUACUCCUCUCAAAUCUGCAACUGCUCAAUUGGACUCUCAUCCUUGGCACUGGGAUGCUCAGCAAGCUGCUCCUGAAUUAUUUACUGAGGGGGGAGGAAAUGAUGUUAUUGAAACUAGAUUUCUUGACGAAGAAGAACCUCUUGUUAAGCCAGAAUCUUUGCCGUUCCAGGAGAAGUCCUUGCAUAGCCAUAUGGAAAUGACAUCUCCAAAUUACGAAAUUAAUUUGCCCGAGACAAUUAUGGACACUGUUCAAGAGCCUUGUGCAAUUGCUAUGGAAGAAAAAUUUGUAGAGAAUAGGCCUGAUGGUUUAUCUAAAUGCCAUCCUGAUCUGGAGAAAUUAGAUGCCUCAGUUGAUUUAGUGCCAGUCUCUAAUGUGGUAAUUGAGUCAUCUCAUGAUUCACGUUUUCCAUCUAGUCCUAUAAUAAAUGAACCAGCUGAUCCAGUUGAGAAAACCUUGAGAAUUGAGAGUGACACUACAGUGGAUAAGGAUGAUGAACUUGAUACUUGGGAAUCUGCGGAUGUAUCUAAAGGUGUAGCUGAAGUUGGCCCACCUGCUACUCUAGAUGGACCGAGAUCAUUUAGAAGUCUUAGUGGAAAAAAUGAUGAAGGUGGGCCAAGUGCUGGUAGUCUUUCAAGACUUUCAGGGUUGGGCCGUGCAGCAAGACGCCAAUUGGCUGCUGCCCUUGAUGAAUUUUGGGGACAGUUAUAUGAUUUCCAUGGCCAACUUACAAAAGAAGCACAAUCCAAGAAAUUAGAUUUAUUGCUUGGUUUAAAUUCUAAGCCUAUCACAUCGUUGACAAAUGCAGAUUCUUCUGGCAAGGAGUAUGGAAUGCAAUUCCAUUCUUUAGGUGGUAGAUUAUCUGAUAAUCCAAUGAGUAUAGGUUUAUCUGAUGCUCAAAAUCAGCAGAAGUUGCAAAGCAGUAUGGACUCAGCAUAUAGGGUACAUAAAGGAUCGGUUUCAUUAUGGCCCAAUCAGAUGCAGUUUUUGAACAGCAAUGUGCAGAGUUCUAGUCGCAAUAUGCUUGAUGCCUGUGAAAGGCGUUACCAGAGUUUGCGCCUCCCUCCAAGUUCUGAUGCUGGUGAAAGGCGUUACCAGAGUUUGCGCCUCCCUCCAAGUUCUGAUGCUGAUGAAAGGCGUUACCAGAGUUUGCGUCUCCCUCCAAGUUCUGAUGCUGGUGAAAGGCGUUAUCAGAGUUUAUGCCUGCCUCCAAGUUCUGAUGCCUUGGAGUAUCAGCCAGCAACAGUUCAUGGUUAUCAAUUUGCAUCUUAUUUAGAUAGAAUAGCCAAGGAAAGAUCUGAUUAUGGGGUUGGCGCAUUAGAGACGGAACCUCGAAAAUCCCCAUCUUUGGUCCCGAACAACUAUAGAGAGUCUCUUGCUUUUGCUUUAGGGCAAAAAUUAUCAAAUGGGUAUAAUUCUGUACAUCAAUCUAAUAUUCAGAAUGUUGCUGUACAAAGAAAUAGUGUCGUUCAAUCUGAAAAAAUUGGCUAUGAUCUUCCCUUUAAUGCAUCAGUUGAAAGUAACAACACCAAGAAAUAUCACAGUUUACCCGACAUUUCUGGACUAUCUGUUCCUUUGCGGAACUUAUAUUCUUCCAACAGAAGUGACCGUUUGGACAGUCCCAACACCUCUGUGGGUUAUGGAACAGAAGUUGGUCGGACUUCUUAUGAACCUUCCUCACUUUUGAGUACAAGGUCCAGAUUGGCAGCUCCACUGGCGUUUGAUGAACUUUCUCCUUCUAGGGCCUACCGAGAUGCUAUGUCGUUGAGAUCGAGUUCAGGGGCCGAUACAUGUUCUCUUUGGUCUAAACAGCCAUUUGAACAUUUUGGUGUGGCUAAUAAGGAUAGCAAUCUUGCAGUUCAGGCAACUAUUAAUAGAUCUACCAUGAUGACUCAAGAGCUUCCUUCAGUCGCAGAUAUGGAGAGAAAAUUGCUGCAAUCAUUAAGGCAUUGCAUUCUGAAGCUCCUGAAACUGGAGGGAUCUGAAUGGUUAUUCAGACAGAAUGAUGGUGUUGAUGAAGAUCUGGUUGAUCGGGUAGCUACGAGGGAGAGAUUCUUCUAUGAAGUUGAUUCCCAAGAUAAUAAACAAUCACCCUUCACUGGUGACUCUCAAUAUCAAUGUUCUGAGAGGAGUCCCGGUGCUCUAUCCAAAGGGGGAGACUCAGUUUCGUCUUAUGUGAUUUCCUCGGUUCCGCAGUGUGGAGAGGGAUGUGUUUGGAAAGUAGAUCUUAUUGUAAGCUUUGGCGUGUGGUGUAUCCGUCGGAUUUUAGAGCUUUCACUUAUGGAAAGUCGGCCAGAACUCUGGGGCAAAUACACUUACGUCCUAAACCGUCUUCAGGGUGUUAUUGAAGUUGCUUUCUUCAAACCUCGAACUCCGAUGUCCCCAUGCAUUUGCCUUCAAAUACCAGCCUCUUAUCAGAUGAGAUCAAGUCUACCUGUUUCAAAUGGCAUGUUACCUCCAGCUUCCCGACCAGCCAGCAAAGGGAAAGUUACUACUUCAGCAAUGCUUCUAGACAUGAUCAAGGAUGUUGAGAUUGCAAUAUCAUGUAGGAAGGGUCGGUCAGGUACUGCAGCCGGAGAUGUUGCUUUCCCCAAAGGGAAAGAGAACCUAGCUUCUGUCUUAAAACGCUACAAACGGCGUUUGUCCAACAAAUCAGUUGGCACAUAAGGUAGCGGUCAUUACAAGUUUCUGAACACAGUUUCCUAUUUUUGGACUCCUCACUUUCAGAAGCAGUUCGUUCUUAUCAGUCGUGGUGAUGAUGUAGCUGCCUUAACAUGUCUGCUUUGGGAAGUGGUAACCCCCCAAUGUAGCUGAAAGUCUGGUGGCGGAAAUCACAUCUUUUUAGAGUCUCAUUGUAUACACAGGACAGGAUUUCUGGUGUACUCGGCCAAGUGAAGUAAGAUUAAUAGAAAGGUAGAAAAAUGUCGCGGCCACAUAUUGGAUAAACAAUGAGUAGCCUUAUAAAUACAAAUGGUUUAGUAUUGGGUGUUGCUGAAACUAACAUUGUGCAGAUAGGAUCUGGAUUCUGUUUCUGGCUUGCAACAUGUUCUACCCAUAAAAUUUGGGAACUGUGGCUGUUGAUACAACUCUACAUGGGAACUCUGGAGUUGUAUCUUUUGUACUUGAGAUUAUUAUUAAUUUAUAAAAUUUCUCUGCUUGUCUUU